AUGGCGCAAAUCUUAGCUCCUUUAAUUCUCACAAUUUUGCCCAAUAUUGGGGGAAUAGCUGGUUCAUUUAUUGUAAAAAAUAAUAUGAAGUCAUGGUAUGACACCUUAAAGAAACCAAAUCUUAGGCCACCCAAAUGGGCCUUUGCUCCAGUCUGGACAACUUUAUAUUGCUUGAUGGGAUAUGCAUCAUAUUUGGUUUACGAAAGUGGAAACGGAUUGAAUGGUGUUACGGCAAUUUCUAUAUCUGUAUAUGGUAUAAAUAUUAUAGCUAACUGGCUGUGGACUCCAAUUUUUUUCGGAAAAAAAGAUAUAAAACUGUCUUUCUAUGACAUCCUGUUAGUCGAUAUCACAGCCAUAGGAGCAGCUGUCCUGUUCUAUAGAAUUAAUACAAUUGCUGGUUACCUCAUGAUACCUUAUUGUUUAUGGCAAGGUGUUGCAACUCUACUCAAUUACUCUAUUUGGGUAUUGAAUCCUUCUAAGACUGCUUCAGUCAGAAAGCAUAAGAAUUCAAAACGAAAAUAA